UUGACAGUGGGAGGAAGACCGAAGCGAUCUGUCAAAAAUUGUAGCGGAACUUUAGUAGUCAAUAUUUCGGUUGAUACAAAGUGACGUUGUAGUAAUGGACGACGGUAAUAAAAGGCCGUAAUGAAAUGUUACAUUGUGUUUAAGAAAUACAAGUUUGUCAGCGAUGUAAAUUGUUGAACUGUGGUGAAAAAAUAGGUGUUUGAUGUGAAGUGCUGAUUAUAUAGUCUCGCCGAAUAAAAGAUUUUCCUAUUUGGCUCUAAAAUUUUCAUCGCAGAAAUGACAGCCAUAGAAACAGGGAAGCAGCACAAGGAAAGGCUAAUAUGGAAUGUAAAGAGGGAGGUAAAACAAAUAAUGGAAGAGGCUGUAACACGCAAGUUUGUUCAUGAAGAAAGCAGCUCAAUAACAUCUCUAUGUGGAGCAGUAGAAGCUUGUCUUUCGCAAGGUUUAAAACGACGUGCUCUUGGGCUCUUCAAAACAAGCUCUACCACAGCACUUAUUCACAAAGUUGGGAAGGUCUUUGAACCAGCUGCAGUUGUCUCACAACUUGUGAUGCAAGCAGAGGCUGUGGAUCCAAAUCGGCGUUCCAGUUCAAGUGGCGACUCCUCAGCACUGCAGAAGAAUGGUUCUCAGACUUCACCACCACCAGCACCUCCACGAUACUUAUGGAUUCGCAUAGCACUUUUUGAGAAAUCUUUGGCCAAGAUAAUUGACUACUUGGUGCAAAACAGUAGCAAAUACUAUGAGAAAGAUGCCCUUGUCGCAGAUCCUGACUAUGGCUCAAUCUUGAGCUCCCUUCUUGUUGGCCCGUGUGCAUUGGAUUACUCUAAAACAAAGACACAGGACCAUUUCUGGACUGAUCCUCCAGCAGAUGAAUUAGUGCAAAGGCAUCGUAUAUCAACAGGUCAGAGUACCCCUCCUCCUCGGCGCCGUACUGCCCUAAAUUUUGGUCGAAGUUUACAUGCGGUAGGGUCUGAGGAAUGUGUACGGGCACUACCGCUCUCAGCAAAGGAUUAUGUUGAAAGCCUGCACCAGAACAGUCGAGCCACUCUACUUUAUGGGAAAAAUAAUGUUCUUGUUCUUCCUAAAGACCGGACUGAACCUCUGCCUGGAUAUUUGUCAUUACAUCAAACUGCAAGUUCUCUUACGAUAAAAUGGACCCCUAACCAGUUGAUGAAUGGGUAUUCUGAAUCAGACAUUUCUGAUAAAAGACGUGGCAGUCUGCCUGUAUCAACAGAAUCAUCUCGAAGACAAACUAGUUUUCGUCGAACAUCAACAAUAUCACAUUUGUACAUGUAUUGGGAGUAUGCUAUGAAUGUACCAAUAGAAGAAGUCGUCUAUGUUCAUUGCCAUCAGCAAGCUGACAGUGGUGGAACUGUUGUCUUGGUGAUGCAAGAUGGAGUCCAGAAACCUCCAAUACAUUUUCCUUGUGGAGGUCACCUUUUGUCAUUUCUGUCUUGCCUUGAGAAUGGUUUGCUACCACAUGGACAGCUGGACCCCCCACUAUGGUCACAGAGAGGAAGAGGCAAAGUUUUUCCACGUCUUCGAAGAAAGGGGCGAGCUCCAGCACAGCAAGAAAGUGAAUCAUCUGAUUAUGUAUUUCGUAUUGUCAGCAAGACAAAUCAUGAAGACUUUUCAGUAGCGGGCACUGAACUGAUGGAUCCGUGGCCGUGGCGUAACAUACCUGAUCCCCAGCGGCUUGUGUCCACGUCUACCGCGAGUAGCUCCACCUCAUCAUCGAAGUCAUUGAGUCUUGAUCCAGCACCAUCAACACAUAUUGCAGAUGCUGCAUCACCUGCACAAGGUGACCCUAUACAGCAAGUAUGUACCUCAAUGAGGCGACAGAUAUCAUCUAGGGCAUUCUAUGGGUGGCUGGCUUAUUGCCGUCAUCUGCGCACAGUUCGAACCCACCUCUCAGGACUGGUGCUCACAACGAUAGUGCCAUCCAGUGAUGCAGAAUCUGGUCUGACUGCUGAACGUUGGGCAGAACUAUCUAAGGCUGAAGGACAAGCAGCAGAAAUAUUUAGACUUACUUAUUAUGGUGGCAUUGAACAUAGCAUUCGUAGACAGGUAUGGCCGUAUCUUUUGGGACACUAUGAAUUUGGUAGUACAGAGGAGACACGUAAUGAGCUGGACCGUCAUACACGUCAGAUGUAUGAAACAACAAUGUCAGAGUGGCUAGCAGUUGAAGCUAUUGUGCGACAGCGUGACAAGGAAGCUAUGGCGGCCAAUCUGGCAAAAUUGUCUUCAGAGAGCACAAGUGCUGAUGCACCACCACCUACACCAGCCAUCAACAAAGAACUUAGCAAUGAUGUGUUUGAAGACAAUAUUAGUGAUGGUGCAGACAUAAGUUAUGGUGCACAAUUAGAGGAACAGCAGAAUGAACAUAAUCAUCUGGAAGAAAAGUUUGCAGCUCAAUGCGCAGCAGGUUUGGGGAAGCUGACAGCAGAAUGCAUUCGUCGAACUAGUGCAGUUGACUCUGAUGAGGAUGAUCCAACAUCUCCAGAUGAAGGUGUCGUAGAGGAUGUUGAGACAGAAUUUUUGAUGAACAAAGCCAACAACGAACCAGUUUCUGAAAAAGUGUCUACUGAAGCAAAGACAGCAGCACAAUCUGGAGCUGUCAUUGUGACAACGAAUCCAUCACUUGACAGUGGCACACAUUCAGAUCCUAUAGCCGAUGACAUGGGGGAGAGAACACUUGAGACACAUCCUGAAGAACACGAUACUCUUGCUGUAGAAGAGGAGGAGUCUGCCCGCUCUUCCUGUGUAUCCCCAGCGAGUUCACAAGGUGGAGUCUACUCGGCAGAACUGCUGGAAACAUUUGGCUUGAAUUUACAUCGCAUUGAUAAAGACGUUCAGAGGUGUGACAGAAACUACUGGUACUUUACACCUGAUAAUCUGGAGAAGUUACGAAAUGUUAUGUUCACGUAUGUUUGGGAACAUCUGGAAGUUGGCUACAUGCAGGGAAUGUGUGAUUUGGUUGCUCCUCUACUUGUCAUCUUUGAUGAUGAAGCCACAACAUAUGCUUGUUUCUGUCGUCUCAUGGAACGAAUGGCAGCCAACUUUCCACAUGGGGGAGCUAUGGAUACACACUUUGCCAAUAUGCGGUCACUGAUACAAAUACUGGACUCCGAGAUGUUUGAAUUGAUGCACCAGAACGGAGACUACACUCAUUUUUAUUUCUGCUACCGCUGGUUUUUGCUGGAUUUUAAGAGAGAACUGGUGUAUGAAGAUGUCUUCAGUGUUUGGGAAACAAUCUGGGCAGCAAAGCAUGUUUCAUCAUCAUAUUUUGUACUUUUCAUUGCAUUAGCUUUAGUGGAGACCUAUCGGGACAUUAUACUUGGUAAUAGCAUGGACUUCACAGAUAUCAUCAAAUUUUUCAACGAAAUGGCUGAACAUCAUAAUGUGAAACUCAUACUAAAUCUUGCAAGAGAUUUAGUGCUGCAGCUGCAAACACUCAUCGAAAAUAAAUAAUAUUUUUAUGCUUACAAAAGUUAUUGUAAUUAAUAGGAUAUACUUUAAGCACUAAAGUACAAAAAUUUAUGCCCUCAGUGUUGGUGAAUGAAUUGUUAGAAUUGAAAGUAAAUAACUGUUUUGUUUUUUAUCAGGGCAUUCACAAGUCUGAUCUGUCAUUGCCAAAUCAUAUUUAAGCCAUGAUUGUAGUUUAAAGAAUGUAUCAUGUGCGAAUUAUCUGUCAACAUGAAUGGCGUGCUGAUAAUACAGCACUCUUCAGUAAUGAAGUUUUGGAUUGAUGUAACGUUUUUUUCUUCUCCUUUCAUUGAAAUUACCAUUAUGAAACUGUCUUCAAGAAAUAGGACAAUGUUUUUAAAGACUGAAAAUUGUUUUCAUGUCUUAAUUCCAUUUUCAUCGACGGUUUUUUCAUAAUUUAGAUGACUUGAGUUGCUGGAAGUUACAAAAAAUUGCAAAUAAAUAUAAUGUUCGUAAUUGUAUGUGUAUUAUGUAAAAAUGAAAAAAGGUUAGUCUCUGUACUGAUCUUUGCUAUGUUGGCUGCGAACAUUCUUUUUCUUAUUAUGAAUGUAUGAGCUACUGUAGUGUGCUAGCAUAUAAUGGAAUAACCUCAUAUACACAAAGCACAGUAUUAGUAAGUAAAAUAUUUCAUGGACUGUCAGUGCAUUAAGAAAAGGUGCUCGUGUAAGGAAUAAGGAUUGGUAUUUUGCCUUUCUGUUUGAUGUCCGCUUUUUAACUUAAGACAAAUCUUUGCAGCGAAGAAUGGUGGAUAUUUUGUAACAUUUCUGUUGAUCAGCCUAUUAUAAGCAAUUCAAUAAUUUGAGCAGUUUAGUGGGCAAAUAUGAUAAUGAUUUCUAAAUUGAUUUUUAAUAUUACAUCAUCUUGCUGAGAUUAAUAUUUUAUUGGAGAAAUUGAGGCAAAACACAAAAGGGACAUUUUGAGAGAGAUAAUUUCACAGAAAGAUACGUUAGUAUGCAGUUGUUCAUCUAUUUAUGUGUAAAGAAUCUCUUUCAGCAUAUUGUUGUUAUAAAAAUAUAUUAAAUGUUAAAAUUUAAAAAGUAUAUAUGAAUAUUUUGUUGUAAUUACGCUAGUGGUGGAAUUCUUGGGGGAGUUAGUUUUUAAUUACAAGAAUUGACUGAAAAAAAUAUGAAAAAUUGAAAAAAAUGACAAGCAGGCCUCAUUAUCUUGUAGCAUGCUUUAGAUGUUAUGUCUUCCUGAUAAUAACUGAAAUAUAGAAAGUUAUUGAAUGUUCGAUGUUUUAACUUUGAAGGUGAUAGAUCCAUUAGCAAAUGGCAUUUUUGUAAGUACUGCUGUGAUCGAGUAAUUGAUAAUGUGCAAACAUGAUAUGUGAGUAAUUUUAUUCGUUGAAAGCCUUCAUAUUGAUAAGUUACGGCAUUCUUUGCCUUCUUUAGAUGAUGGUUUCAUGUCAUCUCAUUAAAGCAUUAUUAUUAUGAAUACUACAAUAUACUGAUGUGUGAAGUUUAUACAAUUACCUUUUUCUUUCCUUUUUUCAUAUGUACUUAUAUAUACCUAGAUUGUCAUUGGAAUUGAUGGUAAAUGUAUAUUUUAUAGAAUGCAUUAUGUUCCACAUUACAGAAAUUAUUAUAGACUGAAACUUCAUCAUACUUAAAACCUUGUAACUUAUAUUAUUCACCAAUUACUACAGGCAAAUUAACAAAUCAGCAUUAAAGGUAAGAUACUUGUAAUGUACCUACAGGCUUCCAUGUAAGCUACAGAAAGUGAAUCCAUGUAUUUGGGUAUCAUUCCCAUUUCAUAAUUAUUUGCAGCUUCAACUGUUUUUACUGUUAUUUCAACAACAGUGUAGGGAUAUUUUGGCAUAUUAUUAUUUGUUGUAUUUUAAAUCACAUACUCACAAAUCCUGAUUAGUGUAUAUGGUGGGAAAAAAUGUGUUGAGCAAGCUGUUUGGAAAAAAAAAAAAACCCUCUCUCUCUCUCUCUCUCUCUCUCUCUCUCUCUCUCUCUGUGUGUGUGUGUGUGUGUGU